AUAGCCCCUCCUGUCCUGUUACCACCUGCAAGGAUACGAACAUAACGGGCAAUUAAGGUUCUUGGAUAAGUGGAAGUAAUAAGUAGAAGCUAAUUCGGAGGGGCGACAGAUAGGGCAUAUGCGGCGUCCUGGUCAGAGAAGGUCCAGGGGUGACAGAACAAUUAAGCAAAAAAAAAAUGCCGAGUAUUUUAAACACCUGGAUUCCCAUGUAGGCUACUGAAUAAAACGAUGAGUGACCCAUCACCAUCAAAUUCCUUUCACGUGCCACGUUGGAGAUCGCAGAGAUCUAUCCGCUUCGGGGACCAUACGUAGCCUAUCCUUAAAAACCAGGAUGUAUCUGAUACAGGUGCUUUGGGUUUUCACACUUUUAAGGCAUGUAAUAACGGAUCACUCUCCGUCCGCAUGUACGAAAUUGGAACUCGAUCACCUGAGGAGGAAAAGAGUGGACGCAGUGCGAGGACAGAUCCUAAGUAAGCUGCGACUUAGCAGCCCCCCAGACGAACUUGUUUCCAAUGAGGUGCCGCUGCAAUUUCAAGCGCUCUUCAACAGCACCAAAAAACUUCUACAGGAACUUAUUAAGGAGCGACAGCACAACUGCGGCAGUACGAACCCAGAAGAUGACUACUAUGCCAAGGAAGUCCUCAAAGUCAACAUGAUGGACGAACUGAUAGAAAACGGUGGCGUUCAUGAUUGUCCGAAGGAAAAUUCCAGAUUUUUCCGUUUCAGUGUUACAACCCUUGAGAGGAAUGCCAGCAGCCUGUUCCGUGCCAAGUUUCGGCUUCUGCGUGAACCAAACCCUAGGGCCAGGCAGAGUGAACAGCGCAUCGAGCUCUAUCAGAGACGUAGGGGUGAAAAAGAUGGGUCCACCAGGCGCUACAUUGAAGGCAAAAAUGUCCAGACUAAAGGUGCUGCCGAGUGGAUCACAUUUGAUGUAACAGAGACGGUUAGAGAUUGGCUGAUGCACCCAGAAAACAAUCUUGGUUUAGAGAUUGGUGUGCAUUGUCCUUGCCAGUCCAUUAAUGAUGACGUCACCAACAACGAAGAUGAAGUACUCGAAGUAAAGUUCAAAGGAGUGGUGGGCAGGGAGGAGAAGAGGCGGGGGGACCUGGGGAGACUGAAGAAGCAGAAAGAGGAGAGUCUGCCUCAUUUGAUCCUGAUGAUGCUGCCGCCCCAUCAUUCCAGCACAAAACCAAAUCACCGCCGCAAACGGACACUGGAUACCAACUACUGUUUCUCUAACUAUGAGGAGAACUGCUGCGUCCGCUCACUCUACAUCGACUUCCGCCGGGACUUGGACUGGAGGUGGAUACAUGAACCCAAGGGUUACUAUGCCAACUACUGCUCUGGGCCUUGCCCCUACAUGCAGAGCUCUGACGCUACACAUAGUACGCUGCUGAGUCUGUACCAGACGCUGAAUCCAGAUGCCUCCAUCUCGCCCUGCUGUGUACCCCAGGAGAUGGAGCCCCUCACCAUCCUCUACUUCUCUGGCCGCAACCCUAAAGUGGAGCACCUCUCCAACAUGAUUGUCAAGUCCUGCCGCUGUAGCUGACUGAGAAUAGUGAGAGAGCGCCCGAGUUGGCCUCGUCAUGUUAGCAUGUGGGAAGUUAGAGCACGUGUUGUGCAUCAAUGUCAGGUUAAGGGCAUGCUUCAACACUGCUGACUAAGGUUAUGGGUGCAGCCAUGCGUGAGGGGUCAUGUAUGGAUUCUGAUCCUAUUCCAGGAUUUGGACUUACAAAAGGAAUGGCACAAUGACAAGAGAGUUGAGGUCAGAUACUAAGCCCAUAGGAUUUCAUGUUUUUUUUUUUUUUGUAUUAUCUGAUUAUUGUCCCCUACAGAUUGCCUUUUUUUUGUGGGGCAAUCCAUACAUGGAAAGUAUCACAAUGCAUUAUGCUUUUUCACGUUAUAAUACAAGGAAUUCUAUGAAUUAAA